AUGGCUAAUGACCAAGAAAGGAAGCAAAUUUUAAAUAUGGCUGAUAGCAUUGAUAAAAUCGAAGGUGCCAGAAAAAUAUCAAUAGAUGUUUUUCUUUGUGCAGGGUUUAAUACUAUUGGGGAUCUGAAAAAAGAAGGUGCUUAUGCACAAUCGGUUGUGACUGAUUCCGAUAAAGACAAUAAGACUGACUCUGAAGAAGAUGAAUCUGAUGAAUCUGUUUGUGAAAGCGAAAUAGCAAUCCCAACCGCUCAGUCUGAACUUAAGGCAAAGAUUGCUGAACUUGAUGUAUUGAAACAGUAUAACAUGGAACUUGAGGCUGAGAAUUUUGAUCUUAAACAUGAGAUUUAUGAGCUUAAAGCUGAAGUAGCAAAAUUAAGGCGUGAUAUUGAUGAACUUAAAAAAAAAUUAAAAUCUAAGAAAAAUCGCAAAUUCCAGACUAGAUGCAUUCAGAUAGCUAAAGAAAUUCUUAAUAAGCCAAUAAUCAAAUAUCAUCCACCUUGA